AAACAAACUCCAGGCUGGAGCCACAACCAACCUGCACGGAAACAAAGACAUACCAGCACCUACAAUAACCCUUUUAAGGGUUCAAAGGAAGAGCUGUCUUGCCUGCCCUCCAGGCUUAGGGUGUAAGAGCUAGGUGUGGCUGGGGCUUUACCACUGAAGCACCAAAAAAAGGGAGGUAUGACAACUAGAAGAAAGAAAACAGGGCAAAGCUACCCAACAGUAAGAACUAGAGAGGCAGUAAAGGAGGCCUGUGGCUAAACCCUGGCGAUGACUUUUGGAAAAUACCAGAGGAUGCCCCGCCUGCCGGUGCGCACGGAGCAGCCUGUGUGGUCAGGAAGCGAGGCCAACACCCUAAACAGUCUUGAGUCUGUAUGUGUAGCAUCGCACAGCCUCCCUGCCUACCGCGCCCAACCCCGGGGGGCACGAAUACAGUCCUCAGGGGCGUGGGAGGCCAAAGGCCGUGGCUGUGGAAGCCCCUCAGGUUAUCCUUGUGCCGUGCUUACAUAGUUUCUCUACCCACUCGAUGUGCACAACAGAAUUUUCCACGGCUCACCCUCUGCAGUGGUGGGAGUACAUUCCAGAAAGAGGCACACCAGAGAGCUGUGGCGAAGGAGGGGAAUUCAAACUUACAGGGAGAGAGUUUGGGGAAGCGGGGCGGAUACGAGGCCGACCAGCUUCCCUGCAAAGGCCCCCCGGGGCGGAGCAGCAGAAGGGGGGGCGCUUCCGAAGGACCCCGCCGCCGCCAUCCCGCCCCCGCUCCCCUUCCCGCCUCCCGGGAGGGCCCGCUCCGCCUGCCUGAGUCACGGCUGGAGCUGGGGAGGAGCCGGGGAAAGGAGGCCCCAGCCCAGAGUGCAGCCCGCGGCCGAAGGGAGAGCAGGCAGGACGGUCGGGGAUCAUGGGGGAGAGCGCGCUGGAGCCGGGGCCUGGGUCCGCAGCAGCGGCUGGGGGCCCGGUGCAUGCCGUGACGGUGGUGACGCUGCUGGAGAAGCUGGCCACCAUGCUGGAGGCGCUGCGGGAGCGGCAGGGGGGCCUGGCUCAGAGGCAGGGCGGCCUAGCGGGCUCUGUGCGCCGCAUCCAGAGCGGCCUGGGCGCGCUGAGCCGCAGCCACGAUACCACGAGCAACACACUGGCGCAGCUGCUGGCCAAGGCGGAGCGCGUGGGCUCACACGCGGAUGCCGCGCAGGAGCGCGCGGUGCGCCGCGCGGCCCAGGUGCAGCGGCUGGAGGCCAACCACGGGCUGCUCGUGGCGCGCGGGAAGCUCCACGUCCUGCUCUUCAAGGAGGAGGCCGAAAUCCCAGCCAGCGCCUUCCAGAAGGCGCCAGAGCCCUUAGGCCCAGCCGACCAGUCCGAGCCCGGCCCAGAGCAGCCUGAGGGUGAAGUUGAGGAGAGCUCGGACGAGGAGCCCGUGGAGUCCAGGGCUCGGCGGCUGCGGCGCACCGGGUUGCAGAAGGUACAGAGCCUGCGAAGAGCCCUGUCCGGCCGGAAAGGCCCUGCAGCACCAACGCCCACGCCGGUCAAGCCACCUCGCCUUGGGCCUGGCCGGAGCGCUGAUGGCCAGCCUGACGCCCGGCCCGCGCUGGAGCCCAACCUGGAGUCAGAACCUCCACAGGACACCGAGGAAGAUCCCGGGAGACCUGGGACAGCGGAAGCCGCAGUGCUUCAAAUAGAGAGCGCAGCCUAAUGGCCCGUGCCUCUCCGGUGCCUAUGCCCUGUCCCAAAAUAAAUCCUCCCUUUCAGAAUGCAGCCUUCACACCCAAAUAAGGAGUGAAUCCUGCAUCCACAGCCCCACUCUGAUUUGCCUCUCCCAGUUCCUUGAGGCUAGACUGUCCUCUUGAGAAAGGAGCAGCCACUCUAACCUGCUUGCCCCCACUGUCAAUAAAAGUACCGUCACCUAA